AUCUCAGACAGCCAUCAAGUCUUCUAAUUAUAUUGAUCGGUUAAUGGCUAAUAAUAGAAGAAAGUUAAAUGUAUAGUCUAUUGUAUUCUUAUUGGACAUGAUUAUUUGUGAAGAAACUAAAACCUAAACAGUGGAAGUUAAACUUCACCUAAUCUGCGACUAAUUAUAAAAGGUUCAAAUCCGCCAUCUUAUAACAAAUAUUCUGCAAGUUGAAUGAGGAAAGAUGGCGAAAAAAACAUACGAUUUGUUAUUCAAAUUGCUUCUUAUUGGUGACUCUGGUGUUGGUAAAACGUGUCUUUUAUUCAGAUUCUCUGAUGACGCCUUCAACACAACUUUUAUAUCCACCAUAGGAAUAGAUUUCAAAAUAAAAACAGUUGAACUUGGUGGAAAGAAAAUAAAAUUACAGAUAUGGGAUACCGCUGGACAGGAGCGAUUCCACACCAUCACCACCUCUUACUACAGAGGGGCCAUGGGCAUCAUGCUGGUAUAUGACAUCACAAACCCCAAAACAUUUGAAAAUAUUUCAAAAUGGUUACGGAAUAUUGAUGAGCAUGCCAAUGAAGAUGUGGAGAAAAUGAUCCUUGGAAACAAAUGUGACAUGGAGAAUAAAAGACAGGUGUCUAAAGAACGGGGAGAGGCUAUUGCCAAAGAACAUGAAGUUCCAUUCCUAGAAACAAGUGCAAAAGCUAAUAUUAAUGUAGAAAAAGCCUUCAUGGAUUUAGCACAAGCAAUAUUAAAUAAGUCACCAUCAAGGGAUGCAAGACCAGAGGGCCAAGUCAUAAAUGGUGGAAAUAGGCCAAAUCACUCCAGUAAAUGUUGUUAAGAUUUCCCCUACUGUGGAUUUAUUCAAAUUUCACUAUUAAUUGUACUGUGUGGUUAAAGUCAAGGCUUAUGUAGCUCAUUGGUUCAGGAUGUUGAGUUAGUAACUUCUGAAUCCUAAAAUUGGUCACUUAUUUCUGUGAUCCUGAAAACAUAGCAAUGGAUUUUUAUAUAUAUAUAUAUGUAUAAUUGCUAUUUAAUAAUUAAUUGUACAGAAUAUUAACAUAUAAUAUUUUUUGGUUAUGCGUGUAGGUAAGGUAUAAGUAAAUAAACCAUUAAAUUUUAAUAUUAGCACUACAAGGAAAAAAAAGUCUUAUUAAUUUGUCUGCUUGCAUUUGACCUAAAAGUUGCAAUACCUAAAGAAGAUUUUAUUCCCCAAAAACAAUGAACAGAAGACACAUUUCAACAUUUUACAUGUGAGAAUAAAUAAUUUAUUUUCAUUGGUGGUACUGGGUGAGAAAGGCAGAGAAAAUGUGUUACAGAAAAGCUGUGCAAGAGAAAAGUAAUUUUAUGUGUAAUUAUUUUAUGCACUUUAAUGCAUCAAUAUUUUGUUGCAUAACAUUGUAUGUUAAGGUAUUUUAUUCAAAGACAAAAAAUUCUUUUGUAGUUGACUAUUUUCAUAUGUAUGAGGUUCAAAGUUUGUCUCAGAAAAUAAAUUCACUUUUUAGGGGGACAAGUAGCUAAAAGCUUGAAAAGUAUAAGACGUAAUAUGUAAUUCUGAAUUUUAAUAUUUAAUUUCUUAGGACCAGUUUUUUUUUUUUUUUUAAAUAAUUUAUAAUUCUUAAAAUGAGUUAUUUGUAUACUGUUGGAAUACUAGUUUCUGAAUGAAAUUGAAUAAGAUUGGCACGAUGAAUUCAACUGAUGUAAAUUGUUCUUUUAAAAUUCUACUUCAAAUAGGAACUCCUGAAGCUGUCAGCAUAUAAGCAAAUGACCAUGUUUGUUGUAUAAGAAGUGAUUUGUUUUUUUUUUUUCACCAUUUGAUGUCUUUGUCUACAUGUCCAUGCUUUGAUUUUGCAAAAUGCAGUUUUGUUUAGAUCCAUUUUAUAAAGGUUGGUUUUUUUUCUAAUUCUCACUAAAGCACCCCUCCCCCCCCCCCCCUUCCAAAAAAAGAGGUCCAUCUAAAGAAGUACACAAUAACUAUCCCAACCCUUUCCUUAUGUGAAAAUUAAAAUUUGAUAGAUUUUUUUCCUCAAAAUUGAAACAAGCUCUGUUCAUAGUACUGCUGCUGAAAGUGUAAGGUGCAGGGUGGGAAGUACCUUUAUAAUUUUCUUGUGUUCAUUUUCCUUUUACAGAUUUGAUCCAUUUAUUCCUUUGUGAAGUUUGACAUUUAAUGCUGUAUGAGUACUUAUUUAAGUAAAAUUCAUAUUUUAGUGGCUGUGGUAGAGUAUGUACUAAUUUAUGAUAACUGCCAAAAUAUGAAUUUUUGUGGAUGUAAGGUAUAUACCCACAGUGCUAAAUAAGGCGCUAACAGACCAUGACCUACUUUGUGUUGGACUUAAAAUAUGCAAAAAAUGAGUACACAUGCAGUAUUUGAUUCUUAAGAAGGAAUCUGGUAUCCAUGUUCCUGAUAUUAAAUCUACAAAUAAAACAGAUAAUGAAUUAAAAAGCAGUUGAUAAUGAUUACCAUUAAUUUGUACAACUUGAAAAUUUAUGUUCUUGACAUUGGUUGCAUUUGUGUCAUCUCGUGAAUAUGGUGCAUGCUGUGUAAUUUAAUUUGUUGAUUUCACAUAAAAUCUUUGAUUUUUCUGUAUCUUAUGAUGUCUCUGUGAAAAUUAGGUAUUACAGAAUGUGCUGACAGUUUGAAUUUGGAAUGAAGUGGUAUACAGUGAUAUAUGUUGUGAGGGAGGGAUGAAAACUGUGAACAGUGAUAAAAUUGAAUGAGUGGAGAGAUUGAUGGAUACAUUUCUAUGACAUUUUCUUAGUUUCAGCAACAUAAAAAUACUAUUUAAAAAACAUACUUUCGUUUAUGGUCAACACAGUUGAUGAAAAUGGCGAACAUGCAUGUCAGCAUAUUGCAGGGUUUUUUUUUUUUUUUUUUUUUUUUUUUUUCCCCUUAAAGCAAAAAAGUUUGUGUGACGUAAAAAAUUCAGAGAUCCUUUGAAAAAAAAAGUCAUGAAGUGAUUGCAAGUACAAGAUUUUUUUUUAUUGAUGCCAGGAAUGAUUAUUGAGUGUCGACCAGCCGAUGUAUGUAGUUGCUGGAAUAUAGUGGUAUAUUUGCUUACUGUGGCUUUAUCCACAUUUGUUGUGUAUAAGUUAAAACAAUACCCUGUUAAAUUCAUGCUUUCUUUGUUGACCAGAGGGAUUACCAUAGUAAUCAUUGGUGGCACAGCGUCUUCCAGUACAUAAAUCAAAGAUGUCUUGCCACAGCAUCAUGACUGUGUUUUAUUUUUAGUAUUCAGAAGUCAAAGAAAGGUGUCUUGUGUUUGCUACAUUCAGUUGUAUAUAGAACUGUUUUAAGUUACCAGCAUACAAAUUUUGUACUUGAUACUGUGUAGAUCUAUUCUCCAUUUAGGCUUUUCAUAUUGCUUCUGAUAUUCACUCCUAAUUUUAUUCUGAAAUAAACUAAAAAAUCAAUUUA